ACUCUUUUAAGUCCGGGUUUGCUGAAAGUGGUUUUAAUUUUGCAUAUUGAUGACAUUUUAGUUCAGUUACAGGAUAAACCAAAUCUCUGUUUGAUUUUGUUUGAAUGUCGCGCAUCUGUAUUUAUCUUCGACAUCUUUUAUUUCUAUUUCCGCGACAGUAUUUAAAGAGCUAUGGUUAAUUCUUGAUGUGCAGUCAGGAGUGGGCGGAUACAAACUUAAGUAAUAGGAUAGAGGAGCCUACACUGGACAGUACUAGCAGAAUGGAGAAAUAUCAUUUUCUGGCUUUAUGCUUUCUUCUCUACACGUUGGACAUAACACUUCCGACACAAGCAUAUCUACUGUCAAAUAUUUGUGAAAAUAACCAAAACGCCGACACACUGAUACAUGGAGACAGCCAAAAUGCCGUUAACAACUUUGCCCAUGUAAUCAGUGAGAAAAGGAAGUUUGACCUCUAUGGGGACAAUGAAACCUAUAUCGGUGGUUGCAGAAGACCUGCCCUAGAAAACAGGCACAGAAAAGGAUGGGAAUAUGACAACGUGAUAUGGGUUUUAGACUGCUGGGAUCCAGUUGAAUGCCUCAUGAUUGAAACAGAAGAAUAUCAAAGAGAUGCGUUAAAACUUCUCCCAUUCUCAUCCUCGCCAUCUGGCCACGUCAACGUCAAAACUGUAAUGUUGCCGAUCGAUUUACUUACUACAACAUCUUAUACAUUUCUGCCUGAUGCGACCCAGAAAAGCAUUUUCUUUGUAACCUCGUUGUUGACAGGCUGCAGUGUCUUCGUCGCCAAACCUGAAAAUUCGAACUGUAAUAUAAUCGUGAUGCAUUCUAACUUCUUAUGUUCCAGCUCUCGUCGCACUGACUACAACCACAAGCAGGCUAUGGUUGCGCUAGAGUCGAUUCGCAAAACAAACAAGUAUUGUACGUACACUGUGCAGUCGAUACGACGUUGGGCGGCCGAUAUAAAUCGUGACAUAAUUGUUGAAGCCCAUUAUCCUUAUGCAAACAAUAUCUUCUUUUACAGUAUGAGUUACGUCAAUUUCCUCUACGGAUAUAAAGUAGGUGGAGUCAGCGCUAGAUGGCGCUUCUGUAUAAAAGGCUUACACAACGGUGAACCAGCAGAACAUUGUAUUGACAUCUAAGUUUUGAACAUAUCAAUGCGUUUCUUAUUGAACAUUUUAAACAUAAACUAACAACUAUAAAUCAUGAAAUCUCAGAUGUGGUUUAUUUUGUGCAUGAAACGCACAAGCAUGUCUUUGUCUAACAUAUGGAACAGAAAAGCGCAUUUUUUGCUAAAGUAAUACACGCGUGAGAAACUAAAAGCACGAAACUCACAAUUGUUUCUUUAAAAUCACAAAUGCCCACUAUCUUAAGUCUGAUUCAUACAAACAAUUCAAAUUAUACAAAUGUCUGUUCUUUUGCUACUUUUCUAUAUAUUAUUAUAUAAAUAAAUGACAUAUUGUUCAUA